AUGUCGCUGGAGGGGCAACGAUGCUUGUACGUCGUUGUUCUGCUUAUCCAUACUGUUACUGGAGCUGGUGAAGCACCAUCAACAUCACCAUCUCCAGUAUCAUCAUCGACAACAUUGAAAGCAGAUCAAAAUGAACUGACCGUCACUUUUCCACCACUUGAUGAUUUUUAUGGCAACCCACCAGAAAAACAUUUCGGAACUGAAAAUAACACAAUCGUUACAUCGCAGACCGGAUCUACUGCACUCUUGCCCUGCGUGAUUAGAAACAUUGGCGACGGUAUUGUAUCGUGGAUACGAAGAAAAGACUAUCAUCUUUUAACAGUUGGCUUAACGACGUAUAGUUCUGAUCAACGGUUUCAAGCAAUUCAUCUGCAACAUUCAGAGGAUUGGACUCUGAAGGUGAAAUUUGUCCAGAAACGUGAUGCGGGUAUCUACGAAUGCCAAGUGUCAUCACAUCCACCCACUAGUAUCUUCUUGCGGCUUGAUGUUGUCGAGGCCCGCGCCCAAAUAUCCGGACCAACGGAGAAAUAUCUCAAGCCGGGAUCGACGCUGCGUUUGCAAUGUUCCGUUGUUCAGACAACGGAAGCUCCGGCGUUUGUAUUUUGGUAUCACAACAGCCGAAUGAUAAACUACGACGUGGAGAGGGGCAUCAAUGUAACAACUGAUCCUGCGCAACGCCUGUCAGACCUUCUCAUACCAGCUGCUAGUGUUUCUCACGCUGGUAACUACACCUGCGUGCCCAAUAACGCUGUGCCAGCGAGUAUAUACGUCCAUAUUUUUAAUGGUGAGAAUCCAGCAGCAAUGCAAUCUUCAUCGCCCAGCUUCGUCUACUGCUUCAGAUUUCAUGGUCUACUCUGCACAAUUCUAUCAAUAGCUCACUUCAUUAUACGGUGA